AUGAGGACCAGGCACGUGAACCUGCUCAUCACGCUCAUCGCUGUGGUGCUCUUCAGCUUCUCCUGCUUCUGCAUCUCCAGGAUGACUCAAACCAGUAAUCAAUUAACUAACUGUAGAAACCAUAUUUCGGAGUUUAAGGAAAGUAUACUACGCUUAAAAAACAAAACAGAAAGAAAUCGCCAGGAGUUACUUAAUGCCUUCAAGGAAAUGAAGCUUGACAUUUCAGAGAAAGAACAUGAUGCACAAAAUGCAGUUGAGAAGAAAGUGAAUACCUCAGAUACGAAUGAAACAGUGUUUGAUGCAUUUGAAGUCUUAAAGUUCUUUUUCCCUCAUCUAAGGAAAGUAGACAGAAUUUAUCCUGAUGUAAUCAUGGGCAGAGAGAAAACAGGCGUUACCUUUGCCCUGGGUAUUUCCACUGUCAACAGAGGAAAUUAUAGUUACCUGAAGCAAACACUGACCUCUCUCCUCUCCAGGAUGACUCUUCCAGAAGAGAAGGACUCUGUGGUGAUUGUCUCUAUCGCAGAUAGUAACGAAAAUUAUGUAAAAUCCGUGGUUGACAUGAUUACAAAAAAAUUCAAAAGGCAGGUGACAUCUGGAUCCUUAGAAGUCAUUUCAAUACCUGCUUAUUUUUAUCCAAACAUAUCACAUGCCGCCGGAUCAACUGACGACUCAGAAAAAUUAGAGAGUUGGAGAAUCAAACAAGUAUUAGAUUUUUGUUUUUUGAUGCUGUAUGCCCAGCCCAAAGCUAUGUAUUAUUUACAGCUGGAAGAUGAUAUCAUAGCUAACAAGAUGUAUCUUACAAAAAUCACAGAUUUUGUACAUAACAUCACUUCAAAUAAUUGGCUUUAUAUUGAGUUUUCAGUUCUUGGAUUUAUAGGAAAGCUAUUUAAAUCUGAAGAUUUAACUGACUUUGUACAUUUUUUUUUAAUGUUCUACAAAGAUAAACCUGUAGAUUUGCUCUUGGGGGACAUUUUUCUGGUAAAGAUGUGUACCCCAGGAGAAGCUCUUGAAAAAUGUAUAGAACGAAAUAAGCAUAUUCGUAUUCGAUAUAAACCUUCUCUUUUCCAGCAUGUGGGUAUACAGUCAUCAUACCCUGGAAGAGAACAAUAUUUCAAAGAAAUAUGAAAAAAUGAAGCACAACAAGACGAAGCUCUGUAAUACUUUAAUCUUAGGUCACCGUGAUUUCCAAUGGCAUCUUUCAGAAAUUUUAAUAUUCAAAACAAAUGAUUAUAUAAAAGAGGAAGGAAUAAUGAACAAACUAGUAAUUUGGAAGUAUUUAACUGCCUCUAUGUCAAUUUUUUGCAAUAUGCAAAUGCAAUAUGCAAACAAAAUUUGCAUAUUUGUUUCUGAUACUUGUACCCUUACUAUUACAAUUUUUUAUAAAAAUAAGUAAAGACAGGGAGGUUUUUAAAAAUAAAGAAAUAUAUUUUGUUGAAUUAGAUAGUUAAGUAGCUAUCUAAAUAGCUAAACAUUUUAGCUAAGUAGCUAAAAUUUCAGAAACUUGCUAUCAUCCAGGACAGGUUCUGUGUGAACCGGUGCGUGCUGUUAUCUGUUUUGUUCAGACACCUAAAAUAGCAGAAGGCUGAGCAGCUCUGAGGCUGGCAGUGCCCAGUAUCUUCUUGUCUUUUUAACAAAUGCAUUUAAAACCCUAAAACUUCCAAGUGCCAUUUGAGCUGAUUAACAAACAUCUUGAUAUAUAUGUAUUCUGACAGUCAUUCAGUUCUAAAGAUUUCAUAUUUUCUCUUAUUAUUGUAUUCUUAACUCGGGUUAUUUGGGAGUGUUUUUUUAAUAUCUUGGUUUUGCCAUCUUUUACUGUUGAUUUAUAAUUUAAUUACCUUGUUGUUAGAGACUUCGUGUGAUAAACUUUGAGAGUUAUGAACUCAUAUUUCAUAUGAAUUAGAGAAGAAUAUAUAGUCUUUACAUACUGCCUUUAAAAUAUGCAUCACUCAUUUGCAUUUUUAUUGAGGUAUAGUUGAUUUCCUUUUUUCAUUUGUUUUUAUAAAUGUUAGUUUUGUGCUUUAUAAAUGUCUUCUUUAAAUAUUCCUAUUCAUUGGAUGCUGGUUUCUCUUAUAUCAAGCUUUUUAAUUUAUUUGUUAAACG